AGAUGCAUUUGUUUUUUAAAGCCCCUACCCAAACUAUAUCUCAGUUGGAUAUCGUUCUAUUAGGGUAGUGUUAUUAUAUUUCUCUUCGAAAUAUUAUUAAAUAAAACUUGAAAGUGGAAAAUAUAAUUAAAAAACAAAAUGAAGAAGAAAAUAUUUAUUACUCUGUUGUUUUUUAUCAUUUUCAAUGAAGGUCUCUAUGCAUCAUCCAGUUCUGAAGAUGCAAUGGCUGAUGAUAAAGAUGAUUUUGAAAGUGGCCAAGAUUCCUCGGAGGCAGACGAUGAUAGUAAAAUAUAUAAAAAUCCCAGAAAUUCACCAUCUGUUGAUUGUCCCAGAGAUGAGGAGCAGGCAACAUUAUUUGGGCAAAAAUGUUUGAGAAAAUGUUCUUCGGAUGAAGAUUGCAAGAGUAAAAAGAAGAAGUGCCUUUGUGACGGAGUUUGCGGAAUGUCUUGCAUCAAGCCAGAUAGAGAGUGUCCGGAACUUUCACAGCCUUUAAUUGGUACCGUCUUGGUAGCUGGACGACAUUUUGGUGCUGCAGCAACCUACUCAUGUCCAAAAGGAUAUCAUGUCGUUGGUUUAGAAAGUCGGUUAUGCCAGGCAGAUGGAAAUUGGGCAGGUGUUGAACCAGCAUGCAAACAAAAUAUUUACUGCCUUGUUCCCCCAACAAUUGAACAUGCUAGGCAUUCCGCUUUACCUGUACAAGGAACAUUUGAUUUGGAUUCAACGGUUCAAUACCAUUGCUUCAAUGGAUUCGUCACAAAUGGUUUUCCAAGAGCUAAAUGCUUAGCUAUCGAUGGUCAGGCAAGUUGGUAUGGCCCAGAUAUUCAAUGUGAAGCAAGAUCCUGUGGACAACCUGAAGAUCCAGCAAAUGGGUGGCAUGUUGGAGAGUGCUAUACGUUUGGCUGUCGUGUUGUUUACAAUUGUGGCAAUGGAUAUGAACUUGUUGGUAAACAUGAGCGAUAUUGUCAAGCAAACGGUUCAUGGACCCCAAAAGAACUUCCAACCUGUGUUUUUGUGGCCUCUGUAGUGUGUCCAACUCCAGAAAAUCCGAAAAAUGGAAAGGCAACAUACACCACAUUAUCAUAUAAUUCAAUAGUUAGCUAUGAAUGUCGUUAUGGGUAUACCUUACUUGGUGAUGGCUCUAGUAGAUGUGGCGCUGACAGGAAAUGGAGUGGCGUAUUACCAACAUGCAAAGAAAUAAAUUGUGGUCACCCGGGAACACUUUACAAUGGAUGGAUUGAAAAUACAGACUCUGGGACUGGAUUGGGUGCAAGUGUGAUAUUCAGAUGCCUGCCUGAUAUGCUACUUCAAGGCUUUUCUUCAAGUGUUUGUCAGAUUGAUGGCAGGUGGCAUCAUCCGCUUCCAGAAUGUUUAGCACCAUGUGUUAUCCCAGUAAUUUCGCAAGGAAAAGUAAGGCCUUUAGACCCGAUUCCUGAUGAAAAUGCUACGACGACCACUUACAUGCCUACUACAACGACAACAACAACACACUUUCCAAUUUCCUCGCCCAAUACUGAAAAAGUAAAUCAUGGCACAAUAUUAGAAGUGAAAUGUUCAGAGCACUACGAGUUUCCCAUUAUAUCUCAUAGCCAUCCGACAUGUAAGAAUGGAACGUGGAGCACCAUUCCACGAUGCAUACCUGCCAGGUGUAAGGAAAUGCCAAAAUCACCGAAACACGGUAUGGUUUUGGCUCCAAAAACAGAACAUGGAAUGAAGGCAACCUUCAAAUGUAGAGAUGGAUUUAUUUUGGUAGACCCAUCUGGAAAAGAGAUUGCGAAUACGUACGACCAUGUGGUAACGUGUUCCUUUGGAAACUGGACAGGUGAAACGCCGCAAUGUCAGGAAGUGUAUUGCUCUUUUCCAGGAUAUAUACCAAAUGGAAAGGUUCUUCUUGUUGGAAACAUGGGAUUAUAUGACUAUCGUCCUUAUGUCAGAAAAAUAGUCAACAACAAACAAAUAAUGUAUGAUUGUGACAAGGGCUAUGUUUUAGAAGUGGGUCCUCCAGGAGCUACGUGUGUUGGCGGAAAAUGGAGCCCUUCAGAGCUGCCCAAAUGCUUGCUUGGACAGCAUCCGAGACUACGAUGGAAUCGGCGAAGAAGAUCAAUAUACAUGAGGCAUUUGCGAUCUGUGUUUUUAUUAAAAACGAAAAGAUUUAAUCAACUGAGAGCAAGUAAAACUUAAUUAAUUAAAUUAAUAGAAAAGUGAUAUCUGUUAAACGUCCAUAUGCUAUUCUUAUUACAUUUAAUUAAAUUUAAAAGGCCAUUUUAAUAAGAAAACACGAAAACCAAAUUAUAAUAAUUUCAUAAACACAAGAUCGAAUAUUUUAAGAUUUAAAUUAAAUAAAAACUGAUGUAAGCUCCGCAAGAAGUCAACACCAUAUUCGUAAAUAAUUUGGAAAGCGAAAUAGGUAUAAAAUUUAAAUUUUGAGGCCAAUUAUAAAAAAAAUAACUGCCAAAGUAAUUAAGAAUUAGUCUUUAAGUGUCUUAAGUUAAGUUAAGUAUAUAAAUCAUUUUAAGUUUAGAAUAAUAUUAAGUAACCUACUUCGCCGAAGUUCUUAAAUAGAAACAAUAUAAAAGUGAAUAUAAAUAAUUUGUUGCUGUUCGUUGACUUUCACCAUGACGGUUUAUGCAAUGAAUUAUUUUUAUUGCAUACGAUUUGAAAAUGCAAAUAGCGGAAAUUUAACGAAAGCAUUUCGAGAAUAGAUUCAAUUUAAUUUAUUUGUUACAACUAUGAUAAAUGUGUUAUAUAAAUGUUGAAAAUAAUAAAAAUAAAAAUGAUAGUUUAGUAAAUGUUAAA